CUAAAAUUGUUAAGCCCCCUCCAGUAGAUAAAACGGCUGUCGACCACCGUUGACAGGCAGCCCAUCGAUCACGCGAACUCUCUGCUCUUUGACGAACCCACCAGCUGUAUCGCUUCGCACCAGUCUUUUGGCUCAAGAAGCGCCUCUUCAAACCCUCAUUUUGACCGUGAUACGGCAUUGGCUUUCACUGUAUUGAACUAGGCGCAUCGAGAGGCGAAGCGAUAGUGGCAAACCUGUGAGCCGACUUUGGCGCCCUACAUCGAUGACUCCGCGCCGAAACUCGGUGUGAGGUUGGGGAGGGAUCUGUCAAAACCUGAGCUUUACGACUUGGCUCACGGCGCCCGCGGUCAAAAUGCCGAUCCUCGAUUUACUUGCGUCAAUUUCCGGCGAGAAGCCGCCGCCACCGUCGAACCCCGCCCCUCGGCCCAGUGCACCAUUGCCCAAGCGAAAGGCGGAAGACGAGCUUCGCACCGUGGGGGUGAAGGUAGCUCGCGCCCAGCCAGCAGCGGACACCUCUUUACGCCCAAAUGGCCAAUCGUCUAAGCCAUCCCAUCCACCUGGCGAUAAACCUACCGUGAGCUCCAACACCAAGGCCGCUCCGGCGCCACGGCCUGCCGUCAGCAGGCCAGUGCCAACAGAAAAAUCCAACCUUGCCGGAUCUAAACCUCGUACUACGGGGUCCUCGAGCACAAAUGGGGAUAAAUCGUUGCCAUCGCGGCCGGCUGUCAACCGUCCAGCGCCUGGAGAAUCUGCACCGCCAAGAAAGCGGUCGUAUAAAGAGAUUAUGGCUCUGGCAAAGGCGAAUGCGGAGCAGAGGGAGUCACUGGGCAAGAUCAUCCAUAAAUCGAUUGACCGGGGGAUGACUAUGAAGGAACGAAAGGAACUGAAGGCUGGUGAUGCGCGAAAGGCGAAGACGGCGACCCCUGGUCAGAAUGGUUCUACCACGACGCCUUCGCGGGACGCAAGUAGAGCGUUGGGCACACGGAGUAAAUUCCCAUCCGGCCAGAUUCCCGCCAAGAAGACAGAGUCGGUCGUGGAAGAAAAGAAAGUCAAGAAGGCAGCGCUAGCCACGACCGGGUACACGGGUACUGCAAGGCCUCCUCCCGGGGCAUCAGCACCGGCGAAAGGGGGUGCGGUCAGACGUUCUGGCUUGGAGCCUCAGUCUCGCGAAAGGUCUCGAUAUGGCGCGCCGAGUCGGGGCUCUCGGAAUAGAUACGACGAGGAGGACGAUGAUUUGGACGACUUCAUAGAGUACGACGAUGAAGAAGACGAGCCUGGGUACGGAAACCGGUACGGUUACGGAUACGGCUCUCAAGAAGAUGAAUCUGAUAUGGAAGCUGGGCUAUCGGACAUUGAGACCGAAGAGCAGCAGGCCGCCCGGUUAGCCCGGCGUGAGGACCAGGAGCAAGAGGAAUUAGAGAAGCGGCUGAAGCGAGAAAAGGAAGAACGGAAGCGCAGACUGCUCCAGUCGGCAAAAUCGAAGGCUGGCGCCCGCUGA